GCCUCUGCCAUCACUUCCACAUCAUUAAUUUGGAUCUCAAAGUAUAAUCUUUGUCAAACAGCCCACGGCAACUCAAGACAUUUAAACAGGCUCCAGCCCAUGAAAAGUGCUUUGUACCCUGAAGAAGACACUGUUCUUCUGCUGGAGGAUUAGGAAGAAGGAGGCUGCAUAGAGAGUGCUUGCUUUAACUUCAAACACUGGAAUGGGGACUCAGAGGGCUGUGACUUUACUGGCUUGUUCUGAAAAGGACAGGUGUAGUGCUGCACUCAGAGGUGUCAUAGCUCUACUGAUCAUUUUCACAGUGCUCAAUGUAGGUGGAACCUUAUUCAUUCUUCUGCAGUGGCAGGACAUUGCUUCUAGAGUCAAAUUGCUGGAAUCCUAUCAAAGACCAUCCCAGGAGGACCUUCUGACAUCUCACCUGACUCAGCUCAUAUCAGAGGUUACCACAAAGGACAAUGAAGAACCAGGAGCUCACAUCUCCAGGAACAAACGGAGCCAUCGCCACAGGCCACAGGAGUCUUACAUUCGAGCAGAAAACGAAGACAUGCUUAUGAUGAUGACGUAUUCACUGGUUCCGGUACGGGUCAUGCUAGAUUUAUGCAACAGUACAAAAGGAAUCUGCCUAACAGGUCCACCUGGGCCUCCAGGUCUACCUGGUGUUGAUGGAAUGGAUGGCAUGCCAGGGUACAAUGGAACAGAUGGUCUGCCUGGAUUGCCAGGGAGCAAAGGGACACCUGGUGAUACUGGAAAGAGAGGAAAAAUAGGUCCAGCAGGAAUGAAUGGGGAACCUGGUUCAAAGGGGGAGAAAGGAGAUCUGGGUGAAAUCGGUCUACCAGGGAAGGAUGCCAUGCCGGGCAAACGAGGUGAAAAGGGUGAGAAAGGAGACAAAGGUGACACCUCAAAUGACAUCUUUAGUGAAGGUAUGAAAGGGGAAAUGGGACCUCCUGGGCCACCAGGUCCUCCUGGUCCUCCAGGACCUGUGGGUCCACCAGGAAGGAAAAAAGUCAAGUCUGAGAAACUCGCACAGACUUUCAGCAGUAAAUGCACAGGAGAGUCCUGUUCAAUUCCUAAUGAUGAUACGAUGGAGGGAAAAUCAAAUGGAAAAAGCAAUGACCAACCUCUAAAGCAAGAAGUUUUAUAUGUCCCCUCAGCAGACUGUACUAUAAAGGCAAUUGAUAGCCCAACAACUGUUGCAAAAGCACAGGAGACAUUUGGCGCGUGGAUGAUGGAUUUCUCCACCUGGAUUAUUGAUGACCGAAUCUGGAUUGCAGCACAUUUUUCAGGAUUAAUAAUGAAAGAAUAUGAAAAUGUAACGGCUUUACAAAAUGAUAGCUAUAAAACGAUGAAACUCCGCUGGUUCUAUCACGGCUGUGGGCAUCUAGUGUAUGACAAAUUACUGUACUAUCACAAAGGAGGGUCCAACAAAAUUGUAAGGUAUGAACUAGAGACUGAAUCCUUUGAAACACUAAGUAUUGACAAUGCCGCAUACCACAAUCGCAGUUACCUCUUCUCAAAUUCCAAGUCUUAUUUUAAAUUGGCAGCAGAUGAGAAAGAUCUCUGGAUUAUCUACUCUUCUGAAGUGGAUAGAAGCAUUAUGGUUGCUCACUUAGAUGGCAAAACUUUCUCUGUCACUCAGCAUAUCAACACGACAUAUCCAAAGUCCAAAGCUGGCAAUGCUUUUAUCACAUGUGGAAUUCUCUAUGUGACAGAUACAAAGGAUUUAAGGGUGACCUUCGCUUUCGAUCUCUUAAAACAGAAGCCAGUUAAUGCUAGCUUUGACUUGAGAUCAUCAAUGUCUGUUCUCGCCAUGCUGUCCUACAACCCUAAAGAUAAAAAACUCUACGCGUGGGAAGAGGGACGUCUGAUGUUAUAUCCUGUCCACUUUGUAACAAAUACUUAAAUAGGUAAUUAUUAGCAAAAAUUACAAGAAAAAGCAAACUCUUGCGGGG